AAGAAGCUCCAGAUAUUCUUGUCAUUGGAAUCUGCUCUAUUCUUAUCGAAAGUGCCCUCAGCACUGAUUGUUCUUGUAAAGCAUCAAUCUUGUUUCCAGUGUCUUAGAAACUUGGAGAGUGUCUGGGGGCGUGGGGGUUGUUUUUUUUGUUGGGUUUCCAUUACUUGUCCUGUCCAUUACUUGUUCUGUACAUAAGCUGAGGAAGUAAGGACCAGCGAUGGACGACGGCAAGGUGCUCAUUACGGGAGCAUGCGGUUUUCUGGGCAAUUUGUUGGCGACUCACCUCGCCUUAUACCACCGCAAUCUCAUUCUUCUGGACCAUUCUCCGCCACCAUCCAACCCCGUGCCUGACGCUGAAUAUGGGUGUUUGAUGGAAUGGACGCGGAUGCCCUUCUCUCCAACCCUGGUGUAGCCUGUGGAAAGUAAUUGGAAGCUGAUUCGAUUGGAUAUUGGAAUUGCGCCAGCACGAGCUUCUUCUUCGAAAUACUCGAUUAAGGGUUACACAAUGCGUACUCGUUUACAUGUUUGUUAACAAUUCCCUGACGAUGUUUGAAAGCAUGUUUGAUGGGGACUAAUCGGGGAGAUUGUAACGAUGGAGCAGGUGACUGGCGACGUAGCUGACGCCAAGCUUCUCGAGAGCGUCAUCACCGCAGAUGUACACAGGAUAUAUCACUUGGCAGCGCUGGCUAGUUCAGGCUCGGAGGCCAAUUACGAGUUGGGUUUAAGGGCGAACGUUGAUGGAACGAGGGCAAUUAUCAAGCGGUGUAAAGAUAUGGGGCAUUGCCCACGUUUGGUGUUCUCCAGUUCUGUUGCCGUUUAUGGGCCCCUGCCAGCAAGUAUUGUGGAGGGAGUAGAUGGAGAAACAAAGUUCACAGAUACUACCACUGCAUUUCCUCAGUCCUCUUAUGGCACACAGAAAUUGAUUAGUGAGCUUUUGAUAAACGACGCUACUCGAAGGGGCUUUGUUGAUGGACGGUGUCUCAGGCUUCCAACAAUUGUUGUCAGACCUGGCAGUCCCAAUACUGCAGCAUCCUCCUUUUGUUCCUCCAUCAUUCGGGAGCCACUGAAGGGAGAAACUGCGGUUUGCCCUGUCGACCCAAGUUGGCCACUUUUCAUGCAGUCGCCAAGGACUGUGGUGCGCAAUCUAACGCAUGCCAUGAGCAUCGAGAGCUUGAAAGGAAAUGAGCGAGCCAUAACUCUGCCGGGCUUUACUACCACUCCCAAGGAGAUGGUAGAAGCAUUGGGAGAGGUCGGUGGCGAUACCAAACUGGUAAUUUGGGAGCGUGAUCCUGUCAUCGAAAAGAUUGUGUACAGCUGGCCGGGCUUCGUGGAUACUCCUUUUGCCAACUCUCUCGGCUUCCAUGUGGACAAGAGCAUGAAAGACAUUGUGACUGCUUACAUCGAAGACAAUAAAACGGACGUAAAGCGGUUGAACGCCAAGUGAAGACUCUAACGCCAGGUUUGAGAUCAAGUUGUUGCAAAUGACAAAAUGUAAUAUUAUGAACCUUUAAUAAUAAAUACCCGCUGUUUCGGUAAUGUUAUAAUUGCUUA